AUGUAGAAUUAGGAUAAAUAAAAAGUUAUUGAAACAGGUACAAGUAAAGUGGCAGCAAGAUUUCCAUUUACGUAUAAUAUACUAUUCAAAAAAAAGAGUAUUUUUAGAAGAAGGUAUUGAAUACUAUUAUUGUACAUGUGGUCUUGGAUCUACUUAACCAUUUUGUGAUGGUUAAUGUGAGGGAACAGGAUUUGAGCCUGUCAAAAUAAUUCCAAAAAGAAGUGGAAAGUAAGUAUAGAUUACUCAAUUAAUUAAGUGCUUUACUUUGUGGGUGUAAGAGAUAAUAUGAUCCAAAAAAUCCGAAUUGUGAUGGAAGUCAUUCAGUUGUUAAUUUAGAUUGGUGAA